CCUUCUGCCUCCAUCUGGAGGUGUGGGCUGAGGGGCCGAGGAGGACCUCUGAGAGCUUGGAGUUUCCCCAGCGAGGGUUGAGAGGAACUACAGGGAAGUGGGAGAGCCCAUAGAAUGUCUCACGGUGCCCAGCUGCUUCUGUUUGUCUGAGUGGGCCCUGGAGCAAUGCUGCACCUGUGAGAGCUCCCCUGCUGAGACUCCCUGUUCUCUUAUCUCCCAAGCGACAGGGGUGGCUUUUUAUCUCCUGGGUGUGCUUCUGCUUCUUUGCUUGCAAGCCUUCUCAGAAUGGGGCCCCAGGAAGCCUGAGGGACUUUCUCCUGAUAUGCCCUGUGCCACCUUUUUCAUUCUGGAUCCGCACCCAGGAGCCUGUGGACAAGGCCCAUUGCCUGAGCCUGAACUAGGAGCACCUCCUAGGGACUGCCCAGGCUUGCUCUGCUCUGACCCUUCCGCUGGCCAGUCUGGGCACCUGGCCCCUGAGGGAGGGAGCUGUCAGCCAGGCAAAACCCAGAACAUCAUCGCCAUGACAACCAGUCACCAGCCUCAGGACAGAUACAAAGCUGUCUGGCUUAUCUUCUUCAUGCUGGGUCUGGGAACGCUGCUCCCAUGGAAUUUUUUCAUGACGGCCACUCAGUAUUUCACAAACCGCCUGGACAUGUCCCAGAAUGUGUCCUUGGUCACUGCUGAACUGAGCAAGGACGCCCAGGCGUCAGCCGCCCCUGCAGCACCCUUGCCUGAGCGGAACUCUCUCAGUGUCAUCUUCAACAAUGUCAUGACCCUAUGUGCCAUGCUGCCCCUGCUGUUAUUCACCUACCUCAACUCCUUCCUGCAUCAGAGGAUCCCUCAGUCCAUACGGAUCCUGGGCAGCCUGGUGGCCAUCCUGCUGGUGUUUCUGAUCACCGCCAUCCUGGUGAAGGUGCAGCUGGAUGCUCUGCCCUUCUUUGUCAUCACCAUGAUCAAGAUCGUACUCAUUAACUCGUUUGGUGCCAUCCUGCAGGGCAGCCUGUUUGGUCUGGCUGGCCUCCUGCCUGCCAGCUACACGGCCCCCAUCAUGAGUGGCCAGGGCCUAGCAGGCUUCUUUGCCUCCGUGGCCAUGAUCUGCGCUAUUGCCAGUGGCUCGGAGCUAUCAGAAAGUGCCUUUGGCUACUUUAUCACAGCCUGUGCUGUUAUCAUUUUGACCAUCAUCUGUUACCUGGGCCUGCCCCGCCUGGAAUUCUACCGCUACUACCAGCAGCUUAAGCUCGAAGGACCCGGGGAGCAGGAGACCAAGUUGGACCUCAUUAGCAAAGGAGAGGAGCCAAGAGCAGGCAAAGAGGAGUCUGGAGUUUCAGUUUCCAACUCUCAGCCCACCAACGAAAGCCACUCUAUCAAAGCCAUCCUGAAAAAUAUCUCAGUCCUGGCUUUCUCUGUCUGCUUCAUCUUCACUAUCACCAUUGGGAUGUUUCCAGCCGUGACUGUUGAGGUCAAGUCCAGCAUUGCAGGCAGCAGCACCUGGGAACGUUACUUCAUUCCUGUGUCCUGUUUCUUGACUUUCAAUAUCUUUGACUGGUUGGGCCGGAGCCUCACAGCUGUAUUCAUGUGGCCCGGGAAGGACAGCCGCUGGCUGCCAAGCCUGGUGCUGGCCCGGCUGGUGUUUGUGCCGCUGCUGCUGCUGUGCAACAUCAAGCCCCGCCACUACCUGACUGUGGUCUUCGAGCACGAUGCCUGGUUCAUCUUCUUCAUGGCCGCCUUUGCCUUCUCCAACGGCUACCUCGCCAGCCUCUGCAUGUGCUUCGGGCCCAAGAAAGUGAAGCCGGCUGAGGCGGAGACCGCAGGAGCCAUCAUGGCCUUCUUCCUGUGUCUGGGUCUGGCACUGGGGGCUGUUUUCUCCUUCCUGUUCCGGGCAAUUGUGUGACAAAGGAUGGAUGGACAGAAGGACUGCCUGCCUCCCUCCCUGUCUGCCUUCUGCCCUUCCUUCUGCCAGGGGUGAGCCUCACUGGUCUGGAGGUUUUUCUUCUAACUGACUUCUGCUUUCCACGGCGUGUGCUGGGCCCAGAUCUCCAGGCCCUGGGGAGGGAGCCUUUGGACAGACAGUGGGGACAUUGUGGGCUUGGGGCUCAGAGUGGAGGGACGGGGUGUAGCCUCGGCAUCUGCUUGAGUUUCUCCACUCUUGGCUCUGACUGAUCCCUGCUCGUGCAGGCCAGCGGAGGCUCUUGGGCUUGGAGAACACGUGUGUCUCUGUGUGUGUGUCUGUGUGUCUGUGUCAGUGUCUGCCAGACUGUCCGCCUGUCCCGGGGUGGCUAGGAGCUGGGUCUGACCGUUGUAUGGUUUGACCUGAUAUACCCCCUACCUCCGUUCUCCCCUGCGCCGCCUCCUCUGUGUUCUCUCCAUGUCCCCCUCCCAGCUCCCCAUGCCCAGUUCCUACCCAUCAUGUACCCUGUACAGUUGCCACGUUACUGCCUUUUUUUAAAAUAUAUUUGACAGAAACCAGGUGCCUUCAGAGGCUCUCUGAUUCAAAUAAAGCUUUCUUGUUUUUUUCUCCUUGGC